AUGGAUAAGAAAGCUACAGCGCUUCUUAAAGUGAUUUACCUCGAAAUGUUCGGUUACGAUAUGUCUUGGGUAUCUUUUCAUGUCCUGGAGGUCAUGUCAUCUGCAAGAUACCUUCAAAAACGAGCAGGCUACCUUGGCGCGGUUCAAAGCUUCAGAUCUGACACGGAGGUCUUGAUGCUGGCUACAAAUUUACUGAAGAAGGAUUUAACAUCAUCAAAUAUUUCGAGCAUGUCCCUUGCGGUUGCCGCGUUGCCGCACAUAAUCACGCCUUCACUUGCCAUGUCGUUGCUUCCAGACAUCUUGUCUCGCCUCUCACAUUCGCGUGCUGUGAUUCGCAAGAAGGCAAUUGUUUGCCUCUACAGAUUUGCUCUAGUGUAUCCCGAGGCACUCAAGUUAGCAUGGCCCAAACUCAAAGAGCGCCUGAUGGAUGACGAGGAGGAGUGCAGUGUGACCACAGCUGUAAUCAACGUUAUAUGUGAGCUUGGGUGGAGACGGCCCCAAGACUUUCUCCCACUGGCACCGAGGCUAUUCGAUCUCUUGGUAGAUGGAGGCAAUAACUGGAUGGCUAUAAAGAUUAUAAAAUUGUUUGCAACUUUGACGCCUUUGGAGCCCAGACUGAUUCGAAAGCUUAACCGGCCACUUAUGAAGAUAAUACAAACCACGACUGCGAUGUCCCUGCUAUACGAGUGUAUAAAUGGCAUCAUUCAAGGCGGAAUACUUGAUGGUGAUGAGACAUCUGAAAGGGACGAAAUUGCAAGGCUUUGUGUUGGUAAGCUUCGCGGGAUGAUCGUGGCUGAUUCGGACCCAAAUCUCAAAUAUGUUGGGUUACUCGCAUUCAACCGAAUUGUUUCAUCUCAUCCCGGCCUGGUAUCAGUGCACUAUGAUGUCAUUAUGGAUUGUUUGGAAGACGCGGACGUAUCGAUUCGUCUUCAGGCUCUAGAUCUUGUAGCCAAACUGGUUAAUUCUGAAACGCUUCAAUUUGUUGUCAACCGAUUGGUAAAACAACUCCAAAGUGAUGAGGCGAAUCUCCAAGACUCGAAAUAUGCCAAAGAACCCGAAAGCUCAAGAAUUCAGCCAGCGCCGAGUGCCUUGCCUGACAACUACAGGGUGAAGGUGAUGCAUCAGAUCCUGGACAUUUGCUGUUUCAACAAUUAUUCGGAGCUGCCUGAUUUUGUAUGGUACGUGGAUCUUUUGGUACAAUUGAUGAAACUUCUUCCUCGGCAAAUUGGAGACCUCCGCGUUGAGCAGUCAGCUUCUCAGCUCGCUGCGGAUCAGACAGGACUCGAUAUUGCGGUUCGAAUCGGCACAGAAAUACAAAACAUUGCCGUGAGAGUGAAAGGUGUUCGGACAGAGGCAACAAGAGCGGCGGAAUGUCUAAUUCUUGUCGAGACAAGGCGCAUAUUGUUCAUCAAUUCAUAUGGCAACCACCUUGCCCUUGGUCCUAUUGCCUGGGUAGUCGGUGAAUACUCGGAUUGUCUCUCUUCGCCUAGUCAAACAUUACGGUCAUUGAUCGACACCUCAAAUAUGUCCUUGCCAGCUAAGACCUUGUCAUUUUUUAUCCAAGCGAUUCCAAAGGUGCUCGUCAGGUUGAUUCAUGAUACAAAAAAGACCUGGAGUACAAUAUGGAAGGGCGAGACGUCGCUUCUAUUGUCCAAAAUUACUGAAUUUUUCGAACAUCUGGCAGUUCAUCCAGAUUUGGAUGUGCAGGAGAGGGCUAUAGAAUUCCUUGAACUUAUGCGCCUUGCAGCCGAUGCUCUGCCGACAGGAAGUCACUCUUCGGAUGCAAUGCCGUUUUUGCUGUCGUCCAUAAUGCCCGGUCUAUUCUGCGGCCUGGAAUUAAACCCGGUUGCUUUCGGUGCCCUGAGGAAAGUUCCUCGGCCGGAACAUCUUGUUCUAGGCGAACUCUACAACCCACAACUUUGGGGUAUCCUGGGCGAUGACUCGGACUGUCUGUUCAAGAAGGGUAGUCAGCAUGCGUGCCAAGAAUUCUACCACGUUCGUGACACGUUCACCACUCACAACUACCCUGCCCAAUUUGUCACCUUUGGUGCACAUCUAAACAGACCACAUGGUCCUCUUGAUCAUUCAGACGAAACUCCCACCACAUCCGGCGAACGGAGGGCCGAGCGUAGAGAACGCAAUAAGGAAGAUCCUUUCUACAUUCUCGCCGAAGAGAUUACACGUGGCACAGGCUCUCGAGACGGCGGCGUUUCCCAAGAUCGCGAUUUCGAUAUCGAUUCAAUCCCUAUAGUUGAUCUCGAUAUAAGCAACCUCGAAAGUCCGCAGGCCGCUUCACUGCAUGCUGGCGUGCAAUUCAGCACCGGUUUGCGGUCCAGGAAGCACGAUGUCGCUGUUGACGAAACAAUCGGAUACGAAGACUCUACGACCCUGAGGAAUACCGAAGAGCAUGUAAAGGCCAAGAAGUCUUUGCUGCAAAUUGACUCUAGUGGCCUCGGCCAUUUCCCAUUAGGAAGCAGAGGUAUCUCCCUUACGACAUCCGCGAACAGGGUGGUUGAUAUGGAGAAUGAUAUGGAGAUAAGCAGAGCCGUGCAGGAGGUGGAGAGAUUGAGGCUAGAGAUGCAGCGUGCAUCAGAGCGGAUUCACCCUCAAGGCAUCCCUCUCGAAGGUACGCCGGUCAAAAGGAAGAAAAAGCUCAACAAGAAGAGCCGUACACCGAAGCGAACUCCUCGCGUGCGACAUGAUUUCGAGGACCAGAAGGGGGGCAGUACCAUCGAUAGCUGA